AUGGAGGCGCCUAACCCCACCACCACGGCCUCUCGCCCACAGCGGCCAAUGCUGCAGCAUACGUUGCGCAGCAACUCCUUCAUCCAAGAUCACCAGCAGUACAAGCCCUCGGUUCCGAUCAACCAGACCAUCGGAAAUGUUCUGGGGAAUGCGGUCGAGUCUGGCAUGGGCUCGUUAUCCCUCAACGCUAACCCCAUCAGCCCGGAUCCUGAGAAGGUGACCGAGAGUGGCAUCAUCCACAGCAUCUUCAACCAUCAAGGGAAUCUCCUACCGACUGGAACUCCGCAAGUCGUCGCUACCAUAUACUACAAAUCCUCCGACCCUAUCCACCCUCAUCUCCACCCCGAUUCGUCUCCUCGUCCAGGGAGUAAACUGCCUUCCCCGAUGGUUCCCGUGGGUUCUGCACCGACUAUCGAUAUCGAGAAGAUCCCGCGCGAACCCCCGGCACCAGAGCCCGAGCCUCUCGAUCAUCUCUACGGUCCGUUUGUGUCGCAACUAUGCUUGACGAACUUUCUUCAGAUCAUGGAGUCUCUCCCGAUCCCUUAUCAGCGCAUGAACACUUCCCAUCGCUGUCUCGAUCGCCAAGAUCAGCCUCGCGUUGUCGAGGUCACCAUCUCCCCUCCCCCUAACCCCGACUACCUCACUUUCACCGAUCUUCGCAAGCAUGAGAGCAUAUGGCGAUUUGAGCGCGAGUGGAACGUGGAAGUGGUGCUGCAGAAGGAGAGCGUUUUCCGCCGACACAAGCGACUGGUCGUGUUUGAUAUGGACAGCACCUUGAUCCGGAAUGAAGUGAUUGAUGAGAUUGCCAAGGCUAUUGGCGUGGAAAAGCAGGUCUCGGAAAUCACGGAACGUGCCAUGAACGGCGAGCUCGAUUUCUCGGCGUCGCUCAAGGAGCGCGUUGGCUUGCUCAAGGGGGUUCCCGCGGACAUCUACGAGAAGCUGAAAUCCGUCAUCACAAUUGCUCCGGGUGCGCGUGAACUGUGCAAGGCCUUGAAGACCCUUGGUUGCAAACUGGCGGUGCUUAGUGGAGGAUUCCAGCCCUUGGCCGAAUGGCUGGCUGGUGAGCUUGGUAUUGAUUACGCACACGCGAACCAUCUCGAGGUCGACCCGGUCACUCAGACUCUCACGGGUAAACUUGUAUCCGACCACCCUAUCAUUGACGCCUCCCAGAAGCGAGCACUCUUGCAAUCCAUCGCCGAAUCGAACGGCAUCCCCAUCUCCCAGACCGUUGCUGUGGGUGAUGGCGCCAACGACCUGCUCAUGCUCCAUGCCGCUGGACUCGGUGUCGCCUGGCGCGCCAAGAGCAUGGUGCAGCUGGAGGCCCCUACCCGUCUGAAUGGAGAAAGCCUUGUCGACAUUCUCUACCUGCUUGGUCUCUCGAACGAGGACGUCAAGGAGCUGACUGCGGAAGGCUUGUGA